AUGGCUCCUCGCCGCCUGUCGUCUUUGGUGGGCAGUACGAAGGAUGGACCGUUUGACUCUACUAUUGCGACCGAAACCCAACUGGCACAGCUGGGCUAUGAGCAAGAACUCAAACGCUCAUUCUCCCUUCUGGGCAUGGUGGGAUUCAGCUUUUCCAUCGUCACUUGCUGGACCGCCCUGGGAGGGACUUUGAUCGUGGGCAUCGUCGCUGGCGGUCCUCCCGUCAUGGUCUGGUCGUGGGUGGGCAUUUGUCUGCUCUCCCUGACCGUCGCCUACUCGUUUGCCGAAAUGUGCUCCGCCUAUCCCACUGCUGGCGGCCAGUACAGCUGGGUGGCUAUCCUCGCUCCGCCCAAAUACGCCCGUGGUGCCGCUUUUGUCACGGGGUGGUUCAUGUGUACGGGCAUCGUGGCCAUGGGCGCCGUCAACAACUUUGUGAGCCUCUCUGUGGUCUCGCGUCAAUUCGUCAUUCCUACAAAGCCUUGGCUUACUAACUGUCUCCUCGACGUAUUCCAACAGCUCGGCGCAAACUUCAUCCUUGGAAUGGCCAAUCUGAACAAUCCAUCCUAUACCAUCGAGCGUUGGCAUACCGUCCUGGUGACCUACCUGAUAGCAACACUCGCCGCCCUCUCGAACGUCUACCUCUCCCGCUGGCUCAAUCAGAUCUCUACCUUUGCCGUGGCGUGGAACAUUCUCAGCUUUUUUGUCGUCAUCAUCACCAUCCUGGCCGCCAACGAUCACAAACAGUCUGCCAGCUUUGUAUUUUCUGAUUUUCAGAACCAGACCGGUUUCUCGUCGGGCGGCAUGGCUGUCAUGAUUGGUCUUUUACAGACAUUGUUUGGCAUGUGCUGCUACGAUGCUCCUAGCCACAUGAUCGAGGAAAUGCUCAACCCGGCAAAGGAAGCACCCCAGGCCAUCAUCCUCUCUGUAUACCUAGGUGCUGUGACCGGAUUUGUGUUCCUGAUCUCGGCGUUCUUCUGUAUCGGCGAUCUCGACGCUACGGCAACAACGCCGACAGGGGUGCCGCUGAUCCAGAUCUUCUUCGACAGCACAGGCAGCACUGGAGGGGCGACAACGCUCGCCUCCAUGAUCACCGUCAUCAUGCUCAUCUGCUCCAACUCGCUAAUGGCCGAGGGGUCGCGGGCACUCUGGGCAUUUUCACGCGACCACGGCCUGCCCUUUAGCAAGCUGUGGGCCCGCGUGAACAAGAGGUCCCAAGUCCCCGUGUACAGCGUGCUGCUGUGCGGUGUGCUCCAAGCCGGGCUGAACAGCAUCUACUACGCCUCCUUCGAAGGGUUCUCGACCGUCAUCUCCAUCGCCACCUUUGGCUUCUACCUCUCGUACGCAGCGCCGCUGUUCGUGCGGCUGUGGUCACUCGUCACACACGCCAACCCGGCCGCGACCACCAUCCGCGGCGGCGUCUACACCCUCGGCCGGUGGUCGCCCUACAUGAACCUAGCGGGCCUGCUGUUCCUGGUCUUUGCGGGCAUCGACUUCAACUUCCCCCAAGUCGGCCCCGUCACCGCCAGCAACAUGAACUACUGCAGCGCGGCCUUUGGCGUCAUCGGCCUCGUCAGCGUCGUCACCUGGCUCUUUGACGGGCGCAAGAACUUUACGGGACCCCAGACCCCGGGUAUUGUCAAUGCCAUUGACGCCGCCGGUGGAGGUGGAGGUGGAGGUGACGACGACAAGGGAUUGACACCUGACAGAGUGGUGACUGGCGACGUUGAUGUGAAGGACACAAAGGAUGAGAAGCACGCCAUGACGGGUUCGCCCGGAGGGGAAAGCAAUGAAACGGUGCCCGUCGGAGAUGUGGGCAAGAUCGCAUAA